AACCUCGCUCUACUCAACUUCCCACCAAACACACCUGACUACAUCGGAUCUUGUCAUUCACACGAUGACGGAGGCUAUGAUUGAGGUUGCACUUGAUACUUUGAGCUCACUCAUUCAGAAGGAGCUCGUUUUGUUUCUGGGUGUAGGUGGAGAAAUGAGAAGGCUUUCAAGCGUACUCACUACAAUCAAGGCUGUGCUCGAAGAUGCUGAGGAGAAGCAACUCACCAACAAAUCUCUCAAAGAUUGGCUGCGCAAGCUUCGAGAUGCAGCUUACGUGCUGGAUGACAUCUUGGAUGAGUGUUCCACGCAUGCCCUUUCCUUAGAGUAUCAAGACAAGGUACAAGCCUCUUGCUUGUGCUCUUUCAAUCCCACUCAUGUGAAGUUCCGUUACAAAAUUGCCAAGAAAUUGAAAGGUAUCAGUCAAAGACUUGAUGAAAUUGCUGAGGAAAGGACGAGGUUUCAUUUACGCGAGACGGUUCACGAGAGGAGGAAUGAAGUCAUGGAAUGGCGGCAAACUACCUCAAUCAUUACUCAAACCCCAUUAUAUGGAAGAGAAGCAGACAAGGAGAAAAUUGUGAACUUUUUGAUUGGUGAUGCUUCUAAUUUGGAGGACGUAUCAGUGUAUCCAAUUAUUGGUAUUGGCGGUCUCGGAAAAACAACCCUUGCCCAGCACAUCUUCCAUGAUGAGAGGGUGGCUAAUCAUUUUGAGCUAAGAAUUUGGGUAUGUGUCUCUGAAGAUUUCAGUUUGAAAAGGAUUUCAAAAGCUAUAAUAGAGUCAGCUACUACUGGGCAUGCUUGUGCAGAUUUAGAUCUAGAACCGUUACAAAGACGGCUCCAAGAGGUGCUUGGCAGAAAAAAAUAUUUGCUUGUCCUGGAUGACGUGUGGAAUGAGAAGCAGGAGGAAUGGGAUAAGUUGAAAUUUGUUUUGGCCUGUGGAUCGAAGGGUGCUUCGAUUCUAGUCACUACUCGUCUUACAACAGUUGCGCGCAUUGCAGGAACAGUGUCGCCUCAUCAGUUAUCACUGCUAUCAGAUAAUGAGUGCUGGGAGUUGUUCAGACAACGAGCUUUUGGAUCGGAGGAGGAGGCACGCGAAGAGCUUAUGGCUAUAGGGAGGGAGAUAGUAAGGAAAUGUAAAGGAGUUCCACUUGCUGCUAAAACUUUAGGAAGUCUUCUGUGUUUCCAAAGUAAUGAAAAUGAGUGGCUCCGCAUUAAAGAAAGUGAGAUUUGGAAUUUACGACAGGAAGAAGAUUCUAUCCUGCCUGCUUUAAGAUUAAGUUAUUUGAAUUUAUCGGCAAAAUUGAGACGGUGUUUUGCCUACCUAGCAGUGUUUCCCAAAGAUCAAGCGAUGAGGAAGAAACAGGUAAUAGAACUUUGGAUGGCUAAUGGGUUUAUUUCAACCAAUGGAGAGUUUGAAGUGGAAGAUGAUGGUGAUAGAGUGUGGAAUGAAUUGUAUUUAAAGUCUUUUUUUGUGGAUGUUCUGAUAGAUCAAUUUGACCACACAUGGUUUAAGAUUCAUGACCUUGUUCAUGAUUUAGCCCAAUCUGUAAUGGGGGAAGAAUGUUAUAACGGAACAUGCGAGAAUGGCCCACCUAGUGAAAGAACUCAUCACCUCUUACUUGAUGGCAAUGACCAAUUUCCUAACAUAUGGUCAUCUCAUUUGAAAAAGGUCAAAUUCUUAAAAACAUUUAUAGUACAAGAAAAUGAUUUUGAAAUCAACACUAGAUUGCUAAAAUGUUAUCAUUUGCGAGCGCUUGACCUGAAGUUUUUAAAUGAGGUGCCAUCUUCUAUUGACCAAUUAAAACAUAUGAGGUACUUGAACCUUUCUGGUGGUGAAUUUACAAUGCUUCCUGAUUCGAUAUGUAAACUAUGGAACUUGCAAAUUUUGAAUUUGAACGGGUGUUGCUUUCUCAAAAAGUUGCCUAAUCAGUUGAAGUACUUAAAGUCUCUCCGUCAUCUAUGUUUGAAUGGGUGCCCGUCAUUAUCCAGAUUGGCCCCGAAAAUGCGCCAACUAACUUGCUUAAAGACCUUAAGUGUAUAUAUUAUUGGUGUGCAAGAAGGGUUCUUAUUGGAGGAAGUAGGAAAUUUGAAACUUGAAGGAACACUCGACAUCGAGCACUUGGAGAGAGUGAAAAGCCCAAUGGAUGCCAAAAAAGCCAACUUGGCCGAUAAACGCCUCGACGAGUUGGAGUUGUCUUGGAAAAGGAACGGGCAAUCCCAGUUACAAGAAAACGAGGAGGAAAUUCUUGAAGCUCUUGAACCUCAUAAGCAACUUAAAUGUUUGGUUGUAAAAGGAUAUCUUGGCACCCAACUCCCACAAUGGAUGAUUAAUCCUACGCUCAAAGAUUUAAUUUCCCUACAACUCAAGGGUUGUAAAAAUCUUGUACGUGUUUCGUGCCUGGCAAAACUUCCGUCUUUGAAGCGUCUGAGCUUGGAGAACAUGAAUCACGUGCAAUAUAUAGAUGAGGAAUCUUAUGUUGAUGGGGUUGACAGAGGCUUCCAAGCUCUGGAAGGUCUAGAGCUGUUAAGGCUACCGAGCAUUGUAAAGUUGUCAAGGGAGGAUGGAGACAGCAUGUUCCCACGUCUCUCAAAGUUGGACAUCACUCAUUGUCCGCAACUAAACUUGCCUUUCCUUCCAUCCAUCACUCAACUACAAGUUACAAAUGGAUGUAGCAAGGAGUUAGUUGGUUCAAUUCAUCAAAAUCUGCCCAAUCUUGAAUGCCUUGCUUUGUCCGGAGAUGGAGAGUUGACUUCCUUUCCAGAAGAGAUGUUAGUAGGCCUUAAGCACCUUCACGCCAACUUGAAGGCUCUCGAACAAUUGCAAAUUAGUGAAUGCAACAACCUUGAGACAAUUACAGAGGAAGCGUCGCGAGGGUUGUGUUCUCUUAAAAAUCUCUUUAUUAGUGAGUGUCCUAAAUUCAAACUGUCUACAGGUUUUGGACACCUCAUAGCCCUUGAAGCUCUAACUAUUGAUAGAUGUGUGGAGGUGAAAGAUAUCCAUGAUGCUUUACAGCAUAUUAUGACCCUUCGAUUGGUACGAUUGUCUGAUCUCCCAAAUCUAGCGUCCUUGCCUGACUGGUUGGGGAACCUUGGGUUGCUUGAGUCAUUGUAUAUAUCUGGAUGCCCCAAGUUGAUGUCACUUCCGAUGAACACUCAGAGCCUUACAAAUUUGAAAUAUUUGUCCAUUUGCGGUUGUCCGAAAUUAUGGAAGAGAUGCAAGGAGGGAACAGGGAAGGACUGGCACAAAAUUGCUCAUGUUCCCUGUCGUGAUAUAAAAGAUUAA